UUGUCAUGGUAAUAUGAGGGGGGACAUUAUAUUACUUUGUCCUCACUGUGUCGUGCGCAUCACUUUGCGUUUGUCGCUGGCACCAUGUCGGAGGGAGAAAGGCGACCAGCGCAGGUUUUAACUCAGCCACAGGGAGAAAAUAGUUUUGCCGAAACAGGUUCCUCUGGGCCUGAUGAUAUUUUCGAGGAGGACUCUUAUUCUCCGUCCUCCCUCUCCUCGUCCUCCUCCGUCCAAACUUUGACUUCCCUGCAGGGGAAACCCCUGUGCACCUUCUGCGGCCUGGAGAUAGUGGACAGAUUCCUCCUGAAGGUGAACAAUUUGUGCUGGCAUGUGAGCUGUCUCUCAUGCAGUGUGUGUAAGGCAUCACUGGGACGACAUGUAAGCUGCUACAUCAAAGAUACACAGGUUUUCUGCAAACUCGACUACUUCAGGAAGUAUGGGACCCGCUGUACUCGUUGUGGCCGUAAUAUCCACUCUAGUGACUGGGUGCGUCGGGCUCGAGGCAGCACCUUCCAUCUGGCCUGUUUCUCCUGCACCUCAUGUAAGCGCCAGCUGUCCACUGGGGAAGAAUGUGGACUACUCGAGAACAGGGUCUUCUGCCGACCACACUAUGACAUUAUAAUGGAAAAUAUAAAACGUGCUAAGGAAACUGAGGAACAAAGAGUAGAAGAAGAUGUGACAGACAAAGAGGACUCCAGCACCACAGCCAGACCUGCUAAGCGGGCCAGGACAAGCUUCACUGUUGACCAAUUACAGGUAAUGCAAACUCAGUUUGCUAAAGAUAACAACCCAGAUGCCCAGACUCUCCAGAAACUGGCAGAGAGGACUGGUCUCAGCCGCAGGGUUAUUCAGGUUUGGUUUCAGAACUGUCGAGCUCGUCAAAAGAAACACAUCAGCCCAAAUCUUGCUUCCUCAUCCAUGAUGACAUCACUUGCACCUGGUCUGCUGACACAACCCUUGAUGGAGGAUAUGCAAUACACAAGCUAUAUUUCCCCAGAUACGCCCCUCCUCACCACACUGACUUAUAUGGAUGUCCAAGCCACAGGCCCACUUUUGCUUCAGCCACUGGUAUCCAACUCACUGACUGAACUGCCAAUCAGCCAUUCCUGAACCUGCCUCCUGAAAACUGAAUGUGAUGAUUGGCUGAUGGGAAGAAGUUGAGCAAAUCACUGCUCUUUAAUUAGAAUAAAUAAAUAAACUGCUACAAAGAGUAACUCAUUAACUGUCCAUCAAUUAAUGGUUAUUAAAAUAAACUAUUUAAUUUUCACUGCCUAAUGUGAGCAGACAAAUUAAUCUGUCUCUGCAUUGCUCUCAGACAGGGAUUGACAAGAGGAAAAUAAGUUGAAAAUGUAAAAUAUUAAUUUUGUAAGAUGAAGUUUUGUUAAUAUGAACAUCUUAGUUUCUUUAAUUUAUUUGGAAAAUAUAUGUCACUUUUUUUUUUUCAAAGGAUGUAACAGAAAAUGUCAGUUUUGGUGUUUACAGGAGAAAAAAAUAGUCUAUGUAAAGACUAUUAGAAAAUUCAGUUUUUAUAUUGCAUAUUAAAGUAACUGGAAUUGAUACAUCAGAGGAGAAAUUCUCCUGUUCCUUUCUGUAUUAUUGACAGUAUAAACAUGUAUGUCUAUUAAAUACCAAAUACGA